AUGGCCCAGGGCGCCCCAGCCGCCAAGCGCGACCUUGAGGCCCGCGAGCCCCGCCGCGGUCGUUCCGGCGGUAGCCGUCCUGCCAAAGGUGGCGGUAGCGGCAGCCGUUUGGAGAAGGCGGCUAACGUUGCCUCGCUUAUUGGGUCCGCUUCCGAGGUUGCCAAUAACGCGCACCAAAUUGCCCAAGGCGCCGCCGCCCCCGUCGCCAAGCGCGAUCCCGGCCACCGCAUUUCCUAUUCGAGGAAGCUUGCUGCCGCGAAAUCUAUCGGCGCCUCCUUCGGGCAGAUGCUUGGUAACGCCCAAACGAUAAGCCAGAACCACCUGGCCGGCCAGCAGCAGCAGCAGCAGCCGGAGCAGGACCAAACCGCCCCGCCGCCAAGCGCGACCUUGAGGCCCGCGAGCCCCGCCGCGGUCGUUCCGGUCGUGCCGGUCCUUAUUGGGUCCGCUUCCGAGCUCGCCGUCCCCGCCAAGCGUGAUAUCGAGGCCCGCGAGCCCCGCCGCGGUCGUUCCGGCCGUGCCGGUCGUACCGGCGGUAGCGGCAACCGCUUGGAAAAGGCGGCUAACGUUGCGCGACCUUGA